AUGGAGCAGCGACUCGCUUGCUUGCUAGAUGCCGUGACCAGUGCAGACCCGGCAGCAGUUGUGCCCGAUGCCGUGGCUGGACGCGUGGUUGAGUGUCUUAGUGCAGAGAUCGGGCAUUGCCUCCCUGUCUUUGGCGGUGAAACCUGUUUCCGAGAAUUGUUGCCACUCCAAAAGUCCUGCCCACGGUGUGAUUCGCACCUCGCAAAGAUUGCAUCUGCCAAGGCAGUAGCGACCAUAGUGCACACAGGUGGUUUGGUCAGGAAGGACCACAUACCGUGUCGCUGUCGCAACAAGAACUGUGAUAUGUAUGGCAGCUUGAUUUGGCAUAACUACUUCGUAGACGCUGGAAGACAUUUCUUUCUGGGACAUCCACAAGACUUGAAAUGCUUCAUGGUUUCAUCAUCUUUUGGCUUUUCGAUCGAAUGGCUGGAAGAUUUUCACAGCCGUGUUGUCCGCCAACACGCUAGCUUCAUCAGUGAGAGUGACGUCAUUCAACAAAGAGCAGUCAGACACGGUCAGACUGCUUGGCUGCCAGUGGCCCGGCUCAGAAAAAUGAUCAGCGAGGCUUGGUUCAAGUGGCGGUUGCUUGUGCGAGGGUACGCCUACAAUAUCCCGGGUGUGGCGCAGAACCCCAUUGACAUACAUCAGGGAGUUGAAGAUUUGCUGAAACCUGUUCUUCCUGCUUUACAAAAAGCAUUUUCAGAUGCUGCCGUGGCUUCAGCACGCUCAGCAAACAUGCGGCGAGAUGCCAUUGUCAUGGACGGGAACGCAAAGAACCGGCGGGCUGUAUGCGCAGCGUUGCUGUGCGGGAGAAAGCAGUCUCUUUCUCUCAACAAAACACUCCGGCACAAUUGCCCAGCUACCCCUGCGCUUGGGCAUCUCUUUUGCGCCAAGCACAAUACAGAUGAUGUGGCUGCUGCACCUCAGGACCUGGAAGAAAGCUAUUUUGUUUGCCUCUUGGCCCUUGCUGCGUCCGUUGUGGCAAUGAGCCGGGAUGUUGAAUAUUUGCCGGCAAUGAAGAAGAUUUGGGAUGCUGUGCGGAAGAUGUGGCAACCAGCUGACAUCCUCACGGCUAAAGGCCACCAGAUGUGUCAAACAUGGGCCGUCCGCGCAUCGCACCCUGAGUACCCAUAUGCACUGCACUUGUUAUCGAUGAUGGCACCUUUGACGAACGGAGCUGCUGUGCAGAUUUUUCCCACGGCAAGCAGUCCUUUGGUUGCCUUUGGAAUCAACGUGAACUAUUCACAAACACGAAAGAGCUCAUGCACCAGCCAUGCUGACAGCAUCACCAGGGUGUUGGAUUCCCAUGUCCGGCAAAAGACUCAAACCUUCUUGAACCAGAUGUCAGUGGAACAAGAUUUCACGCAUGAUGAAAGCACUGCUGCUGGUCAGAGGCCCAAACCGGUUGCGGCUGUGGUGCUAUCAUCCGCCAUCGCAAGCGCAACCCCUGAGGAGUGGUUUCAUAGAUGCGCAAGUGACUUUGACCAGGUCAAGAAUGGAAGCAAGUUGCCAGGGACACCCAGACAUGUUUGGGUACCUUUGCCGGCGGAAGUGGCCGAAAUGCUCGGCAUCGCCAAAGAGGCUACUUCUCCAGCAGCUGCCCAAGCUGAAUGGAAGGAAACCUUUCCUGGCGAGAUGCCGCCAGAGCUCCCUGCCACGCAAGACUUUGCAGCCGACUACUUGCCAUCUUCCGCGGGCUAUCCUGUCCGCCUGCUUGACGGCAACAUGAGCCGCCUGCGAUUCCGCAGGGAUCCCAGGGUGCCGUCUGGCUUCACCGCUGAAUGGCGUGUGGCCAACAGAGCUUUUCCUGUGCCUCCUGAAUUCCAACUUGAAGCGGCAGUCCUGCGGGUCACGGAAUAUUUUUCCGUGCCACAUAUGAAACUUGAUCUCACUCCCGAAGCCCAGCAAAUGCACAUGUCCUACCAGGGUGGAUUGAAUGUGCAGUCCCACAUGGCCCGGGAACGUGCAGAUCCUGUUGGUGGAGCCCGCCUCGGCGCUGCGCCGUGGCACAUCGGCGUUUUGGCCGGGCUGCUGCUGGUCUACGAAAUCUUCUCAGGAGUCUACAGCGCCGACCGCUUGCAGCAGAAAGAUUUGCAGGUGCAUACAAUCAAGGACAUUGCCUUGGGCGAAGAAGCUGCCAGUCCCAACCCCCAGCCGCAGCCAGCAGAAGUGCAACCUGACUUCGAUGCCUUGGUUGGGGCAGAUCCACUUCCCUUUCCCGGCGGAGAUUUUGCAGACUCCAUAGUCGACGAUGCGGCUGCAAGUCACAGCCCCGAACUUCCGCCCGAGACUGAGCCGCUCCGGGUUGCCGACGUUCGCUCCAUCGAGUUUGGGUAUGGCCCUGAUGGCGCUUCAGUGCAGAGUGCUUUUCACGCGAAGCAUUUGACUGAUCGCUUCAUCAUGAAGGCUACGCUUCUACAUGGGCAUCCCAAGGUAACUUCGAAAACUAUUUGCGACAAGUUGCGCUCCUCCAGAGAAUCCGGUCGAAAGGCCUUACCGCGAGAGAACUGGGUGGCCGUGAUGGAAGCUUGCGCUGGUUCUCCCAUCCUUGACUUCCAAGACGACACCCUCCAACUUCGUGCUAUACCGCAAGAUGCACCAGGGCGGACAUUCUACCACAAUGAGCUGAUGAAGUUGUGCGGAGUCACCAUGAGAGAGCUCAUGACAGCCAUGAACCGAGCCGCAGCCGCAAAGGCGAAAUCGGCAGCUCCUCCCAAGCGGAAGCGACAAGACGGACACGAAGAUUAG